CACCCAGUAUUAUAUUCCGUAGGACAGUCACGAGCCGUGGUUGUCUGCAAAGAGGAGGAAGACGAAGACCGGCCGCCAUGUCGACGGUGUCCACCACGCAAGACGAUGCGAGCGAAGACCCGACGAGCACGUCAUCCAGCACGAACCGCACGGUGGCCGAGAGCAACGGUGGCGUGGAGUCGAACCUGCUCGAGAUGAUGAGCCUGAGCAUGCACGAGCUGCAGCAGCUGUCGGCGCUCAACGACGAGGGUCCGCGGGCGCCCGUCAACAGCUUCGAGAGCCUGGCGUCUGACAACCCCGUCGGAUCGAACGAGGACGCCCCCUCGCAGCGAUCCCGCCUCGGGCCUUCCGACAGGGCUGUGGGGCGGCCGAAGCCAGCGCUGGUCAGAGCUGACCGCACCGUUACCGAGACGAUGUCGGGAGAGGCCAAGGCUCGACGCCCAUGGUACGGCGCCUCGGCGGCCUCGCUGGCCUGCGUGGUCGUGCUGAUGGUCGCCUUCCUGGCGGCCGUCGCAUACGGGGUCUUCCUCUUCCGCCUGGGACACAUCCCCGCCCCGGAGAAGAAGGCGGGUGCCCACCGGUCGGCCAACGACACCGGCGCUGGCCGUGGCUGACCGAAGGGCCACUUGGGUGCAAGACGCGGCUUUGGUGGAAAGCGCUCGGCUGGGCUGAUGUUUCGUGUUUUAUUGUUUUAUUAGCUGCCGAUAAACGCCCUGUACGAUUUCUAAUGCA